AGCGAGGAAGCCGCUACAUUGACGCCUUCGACGCCUCACCCUACAAUCAUGAGCAUGAGUAUACUCUGCCAGCAAUGCAAGGAGCCCUUGCAGCUCGACGCAUCGCUCGUCGACCUCGCACCCUCCGCGUAUGACAUGAUCGUGUCAACGCUGCCUCAGCCAAGUGCACCCGCGGCCACCAAAUCCCUCUCCGAUGCGGAGAAGCUAGCGCAACUGAACGCGUCGCCCGCGAUGAAGGCCGCUUGGGAACGCGCACAUAUCAACCCAGGAUCCCUCUCCCCCCGUGCACAGGGCAAGCUCCCCCAGCGCGGCUCACCACUCCCCAAUGAGUCCUUCGUCGUCCUCCAAGACAGUGUCAUUCGGGCCAUCCCCCCGCAGGGUGCCACAUCGAACUCCCCUUCCCGGCGAAGGAAGACCAAUGCGCAGGCGCCGGUCGAUCCCCUCCCCUUGCCUGAACACCCAAAUCCCUCUCCUUGGUCAGAUCAUCUGCGCUCGACGCAGAAGCUGUUUAGCGUACUGUCGUCGAGGACAGACGUCGAUCAUCCGUUGUGCGCGGAGUGCACGCAGAUACUGCUCAAUGCGCUUCAACGGCAGCUCGAGGAGACGAAACGGGAACGGGAUGGGUACAUCGCGUUCGAGAAGGAGGUGCGGCGCGAGAAGGAGCGCGAGGUGCAGGGGAUGUCGAAGGAAGAGGCGGAGAGGAAGAUACAGCGAUUGAAGGAGGACGAAGAGACCGCGGUGGAACAACUCAUGCAAGCCGAGCGUGAACGCGAGGAACUGGAUGAUGAGUUACGUCUACUGGAGGCGGAGGAAAAACAGUUGGAGGCAGAGGAAGCAGAGUUUUGGCAUAUGCACAACGACCGCCUGCUCGAGGCCGAUCAGCAGGCAGAGCAGCUCGCUACGCUCCGCGCAGCAUAUGCUGCCGAUUCCGCGACGCUGGAGAAGCUCGAGCGCACAAACGUGUACAACGACGCUUUCUGUAUAGGGCACGACGGCGCGUUCGGAACUAUCAACGGCCUGCGCCUUGGACGAAUGCCCGGAAUUCCUGUGGAAUGGGCGGAAAUUAAUGCAGCCUGGGGCCAGGCGCUCCUCCUUCUCUACACAAUCGCGCGUAAACUUGACUAUCACUUCGAGAACUAUCGCCUCGUCCCGAUGGGGUCCUUCUCAAGAAUAGAGCGAACGACGGGUGACAAAGCGAGCUACGAAUUAUACGGGUCGGGUGACUUGCACUUCGUUCGCCUACUGCAUAACAGAAGGUUCGACCUGGGGAUGGUCGCGUUCCUGGACUGCCUAAAGCAUCUCAUGGAAUACAUUGGGUCGCAAGACCCGAGUGUGGACUUCCCCCACGAGAUCGUUAAGGAUAAGAUAGGCGACGUAUCGGUCAAGCUGCAAUUCAACCAGGAGGAGGCGUGGACGCGGUCUUUACGACAUGUCCUCCUGGCGCUGAAGAUCUGUUUGAAGUGGGCGACGAAUGGGAUUAACGGUUAGCGCUUCCAGUGGGUUGCCACCAAAUGCCUCACUUGAUUUUUUCGAAUAAAAUCUUUAUGCCUCAU